AUGGCUGUUCAACUAGAUCCCGCAUCGCAGCUGUCGUUUGAACGACCUCUCACGCGAUUGUCAACUGAGGUUCUUUUGGUUGGCAAUCCCAACAAUGGACCCGUCAUGUUCAAGAUCAAGACCACGGCACCCAAGCAAUACUGUGUACGACCUAAUGCAGGACGUAUUGAGCCUCACUCUCAGAUCGAAGUACAAGUGAUUCUGCAGCCUUUUAGUCAAGAACCGCCUGUUGACCACAAAUGCAAGGACAAGUUUUUGAUUCAAACAGCCAUCAUUAAGCCUGUAUAUGAGGCACUCCCUCUCACGGAAAUGUGGGCUAUCACCGAAGCAGAGGACAGGGAAAGCAUCUUCCAACAAAAGAUAAGAUGUGCUUUUCGACCACCCACCACUACACCAAUUACACCACCACAACAAGCACAAGAACAUGUGGAUCAAAAAGCAUUGCCACCCAUCCCAAGCGAAGUAGCUAAUCAAGAUCCUGUUAUGAGUCGUGAGGAAUCUCAAGCGGGAACGGUAGAAGAAGCAACAACAACAUCAUCACCUUCUCCAGAGCCAGCUGUCGAAGAAAAGCCUUCACAUCAAGAAGAACAAGCCAAAUCAGAAACAUCGUCGCAGGAAGAUGUCCCCACAAAGGAGCUUUCUUCCCCUACAAACGAGGAUACCGAACAACACCUACCUGUGGAGGAGGAUAAUGAGGAGAUUGGUCAACAACAACAACAAACGGAUGUCACUACUGAUGAACAAGAAGUAACCAUGGAUACGGGUAUCAUGGCAACCACGAUGGAGGAUGAGGAUAAAGCCCGAUUAAAGCAAGAGCUGCGACAAGCGCUAGAACUGGUGGAGCACCUUAAGAGUCAGAUUGCAAAUAUGGAACUUGAGAGGAAAGGGGAGCAGCAGCCUACUGAAAAACCACAGCUUGCGGGUGCAUGGGAGAAGCCAGCUGGUAACAACAUGAGCGUUGAGGAAGGAUAUCCACCGCAAAUGGUGAUGACUAUAGCUUCACUCGUAUUUGUCUUUACGUAUUUGUUUUUCUAA